AUGGAUAUGCCCACAUCCACAUCUACAACCAUGGACAUGAUAAUGACCAUGACCAUGACCAUGUCGCCGACCACCACCGCCGCCAUGGGCAGCAGCACCGCAUCCUCCAGCAUGGACAUGGACAUGGACAUGGGCUCAUCCAGCUGCCAGAUCUCCAUGCUCUGGAACUGGACCACCAUCGACGCAU